ACGCCGGACGGGCCCCCAGCACCCAGCUCCGCCAGCUCUGGGUCUGCCCGCACCCUCGCCGCGGGCCCUGGGGGUAACUACAACAGAGGCGUCCGGGUGGGGACGGCGGACCUGCCCCGGGCCGCGCUGGAGGUGGCGUGGGCCCGGGUCGGCUCUGAAGUGAGAUGUGGUCGCGUCCGGAGCCUCGGUUGUGAUUGUUCUCGCCUCCGCGGACUUGAACCCGGACCCUGAGACCUGAGGCGCUCUAGUUUGUCUGCUUCCUCCCGAGGUCUGAACGGAUACAUUUUUGUCAUCAUGGAUCGGUUUGGCGAUAUAUCAGAUGGUGAAGUGGACCAUUCUUUUUUUGAUAGUGACUUUGAAGAAGCAAAGAAAUGUGAAAAUAACUUAGUUUUUAACAAGCAAGAUAAUGACCCUAAAGAGGGAAUGGAUAAGGAUACAGAAAGCGUGAACUUGGCAUUUGGAAUACAAACAAAGGAAAAUUAUCUUACUGACAAGGGAAAUGAAAGAAAUGUGAAAAAUUUUCUAGAGGAAUACCCUGUAGAGAAUGAUAUAGAAACCGGAAGUUCUUUAUCAUUGACCAGUUCAAGAUCAAAAGAAUUGUGUCGUGCUACAAUGGGACAUAAAAUACACUUGCCCAUUCCAAAUAGAAUUCCCAAAAUUAUAAAAGAAGGUGAGGAUGAUUAUUACACAGAUGGGGAAGAAAGUAGUGAUGAUGGAAAAAAGUGUCAUGUGAGGUCCAAGUCAGCAAAACCAUCUCAUAACUUUAAAAAAAGCAUGAACAAAAAAUUUUCGAAACUUAGUUCCUCCUCUUCUUCUUUGUCUUCCUCAUCUUCAAGUUUAGGUACAGACUGCUCAGAUACAGGACCUGACAUCUCUAAAUCUCAUUCACGUCCAUCAUCAAGGAAACAUACCCUCUUAUCACCAAAACCGAAAUAUAAAUCGGGAACAAAAUCAGGAACCCAACCUUCAAGUACAAAGGCAAAGAUUGCUGACUCUACUGAGGAGUCUGAAGACACUGUGACAGAUGUGACUCCUUUAUCAACUCCAGACAUCAGCCCUGUUCAGUCUUUUGAACUGGGCACAUCAAAUGACCAAAAAGCAAAAGUUAAAAAACAGGAAAAUAUGAGUCGAGUAUAUGAAGAUGUUGAGGUUUUAAAAAAUGAUUCAAAAUGCUUGAAAGCAGCCAAGAAAGAGAGGGAAAAGCAUGGGUCUAGUCUCACCCCAAAGUCACCAGUAUUAGAUUCCAGUUCUGACAACAGAUGUAAGCAAAAAGUCUUACAUGACACAAUGGACCUGAAUCAUCUUUUAAAAGCUACAAGCCUGCCUACCCAAAUUCAAAAGAAGGAAACGGCAAGAAUGACACAGAAUUACUCAUCUAGCAAGUUGUUAAUAAAGAAGGCAAAGAAAUUUGCUUUCCUACAGUUAGAUAAAAAGGAGCCUCAAAAACAUCACUUUGAUCAGCCUUCAGCAUUACCUAGGAAAAACUACUCUUUCACAAGAGAAGAGGUGAGACAGAUUGAUCGGGAAAAUCAGAGGCUUUUGAAAGAACUCUCGAGACAGGCUGAAAAACCAGGAAACAAAAGUGCAGUGCCCAGCAGAUCAAGUGGCCAUCCCCCUAAGUUGUAUCACAGUGCUCUCAAUAGACAGAGGGAGCAACAAAGGAUUGAAAGAGAAAAUUUGGCUUUAUUAAAAAGGCUUGAAGCUGUGAAGCCCACAGUUGGUAUGAAACGCUCAGAACAGCUGAUGGAUUAUCACCGCAAUAUGGGUUAUCUCAACCCAGCACCUUCUUCCAGAAGAGUAAGAUCUAUGCUUGGCCAGUACAGCCAAUUAAGAGGAGCUUCCAGGACAUCCAGUGCUACCAGUGGCCUCAGCUGUAAGACUGAGCCAUCAGGUUUUGACACAUCUAACAGCCUGUCGCUGAGACCUAAACCUCCUAAUGUCCGUGCUGCUUGGUUAUAAAGCCUUUUUCUUUUUACUGUAAAUAUUUUUGAUCCAAUUUUUAUUGAUGUGAUUUUGUAUAUUACCACAAUUCAGUGUAAACAUCUGUAAUUUUUUUAGCAGUACAAAAUAUACAAUAGUGAGUUGUAAUUGAUUGUUACUCAGUGCUAAAUUGUCAAAACGACAAUUUAAUGUAAAGUCAGUGUUUCCUAUGAGAAUGUAUUUAUAUGAGAUAUAUAUGUAUUUAUUAGAGAAAUGGUAUCAUAGUGUGCAUGUGUAUUUUCUCAAUGUAGAAAUGGAGUAGUCAUGCUAACAAAGCAGUAGUAAUAUCAUAGUAUGUUGCACCCAAGGUGUCCACUAUAUAGUUCUCAUUUUCUAUUUUCAUUUUUUGUAGGCUUUAAGCCUUGAGCUUAUCUCUUGAAUUUGAUCAACUUUGUUUUCUAUUUGCUUUAGGAUUUAUAUGGAAUGAGUCAUAACCUGAUAGUGAAAAUUAUACUUUAUUUUUAUGAAACAAGCUUUGAAAUGUUUUUUGUCGCUAGAGUUAAUUCAGGUUUGGUAAGCAGAGAGAAGCUUUUCCUUAGAAUUCACCAGGAGUAUCGAAUACUUCUAUGUAAGGCCAUUCAGUUAGGUCUUAAAAUUUUGAUUAGCUAUUUCAAACUGUGAAUAGUAGAAAAUUCAACUUAGAAAUUCCUAUUUUAAUGAUACAGAGAAAGCAGGUGGGCUUUAGAACUAUAAUCUACAGCCUUGUGACUAGUGUGUCUGUACAUCAGAUCAAUUGUACAGUAAGCAGAACAGGUAUUUGUUCAACCAGCAAAAUAGCAUCACCAGUGUAGAGGGCCAAGAAGCAGAUCCCAAGAUGUAUCAGAACAGUGUUUUAUGUGAUUCUGUUAGUGUAUUGUGCUAUGAUUUAGUAUUGUAUUGAGAGAUGAUUUAAAAUAAAGCUUUAGAAAUUCUAAGAACCCAUUAAGGUUCUGAAAAAUAAAAUACAAUAUGAACAAUCAGAGAAAGGUCAUACCUGCUUUAAAUAUCAGCUAGUUUUCUGGCUUGAUUUUGAUAUAUUUAGUGGAAUGUUGGGAGUAGCAUUUUUGCCAAUUUUACAGUUAAAGGACUGGUAAUCUGGAUGAAGUUGUUAAUGGCAGAUAGAAUAUAAUAUCAUGGAUUUUUCAAAAUUACAAUAUUUUUCUGCCAGUUGAUAUCCUCUUAUUUCAUACAGUGAUGUAUGGUCCUUUAUAGGCAUCACUGUUUUUCAUUACUGGACUUUUCAGUACAUCCUUAGAAUAUAUAGGAAAGUUUUUAUAUAUGACAAAUCUUUUGUUUUUAAUACUAAUUUUCCACAGUAAGAGCUGUUUGCUACAUCUCCUUUUUCUUAACAUAUUUAACAGAAUGGCAAAAUACAUUUUUCUAAACAUCAACUUACAAUUUAUUGGCCUGAGUACUUACAGAUUUUGUGUAGGAUAAGACACAUAAAGCAUGGGGGGAAAGGGGUUAAAUUCCUGAAAACACAACCUGGCCAGGAGACUCUUCUGCUGUUUUCCUUGGGCUGUAACAUUGUUCUAUGUUAUUUGAUACUUUGUUUUAGAGAAUAAAUUCUUAUACUUGUUUUAUGUAAAAGCUGAACAAAGGUUUUCUUUGUGUAGUGGACUUUUAAUGUUUAUGUAACAGUUUUUCUUUAAAGAGAUAAAAUGCUGAAUUUAAA